AUGUUGAAUGCCACGAAUAACGUUAUUCAGGACACCAUAAAUGCCACUGCUGCUACCACUAUCACAGGCAACAAGGAACAAAAUAUUCAAUUAGAACAAAAACUGGCCAUUCAAUCCAUUAGAAAUUUUUUAAAGUCCAAGACAUCAUAUGAUGUGCUACCAGUUUCUUACAGACUAAUAGUUUUAGAUACAUCAUUAUUGGUGAAAAAAUCACUAAAUAUCCUAUUACAAAACAACAUUGUCUCUGCACCAUUGUGGGACGCCAAAACUUCCAAGUUUGCCGGAUUAUUAACAUCUACAGAUUUUAUAAAUGUAAUCCAGUAUUAUUUUUGCAAUCCUGAUAAAUUUGAUUUAAUAGAUAAAUUGCAAUUAAAUGGUCUAAAGGAUAUUGAAAAGUGUUUGGGUGUUCCAUCUUUAGACCAGGGGUCAAUACAUCCGUUUAAACCAUUGUAUGAUGCAUGUGUAAAAAUGAUUGAAAGUAGAAGUAGAAGAAUUCCCUUGAUUGAUCAGGACGAGGAAACCCAAAGGGAAAUUAUUGUUAGUGUGUUGACCCAGUACCGUAUUUUAAAAUUCGUUAGUUUGAACUGUAGGGAAACACGUUUCCUAAAAAGAAAGAUUAGAGAAUUAAAUAUUGUUACUGAUGCUAGUAUUGAUAGUUGUUACAUGACCACUCCAGUUAUAGAUGUAAUCCAAAUGCUAUCUACGAGAGGUGUUUCGUCUGUCCCUAUUAUAGACGAGCAUGGUAGAUUAGUCAAUGUUUAUGAAGCAGUAGAUGUUUUAGGCUUGAUUAAGGGUGGCAUUUAUAACGAUUUAUCUUUAAGUGUUGGCGAAGCCUUAAUGAGAAGAGGAGAUGAUUUCGAAGGUGUUUAUACUUGUACUGUGGAGGAUAAAUUGUCCACUAUAAUGGAUACCAUUAGAAAAGCUAGAGUGCAUAGAUUUUUUGUUGUUGAUGGUAGUGGGUUGUUACAAGGUGUUAUAACCUUGAGCGAUAUUUUGAAGUAUAUUUUAUUUGAAGAGAAUUGA